AUGGCUGCAAACAAUGCCGGAAAUGGUGAAGUGUCCGGGCGAUUUCAGGAAAUUCUGUGUCAACCAUGUUUGAAAAAAAAUAAACGAACAGCAGCGGAAAAGUUUUGUUCAGCUUGUGAUGAAUUUCAGUGUUUGGAUUGUUCUAACGUUCAUUACACACACGCCUUCUUAAGAAAUCACAAGUUAGUGAACGCGAAUGAGGCGAAAACGAAACAAGGCUCGUUUGAUAUGAAAGGAUUAGACCAAUGUGAUCAACAUCAGGAAGUUCUAAAAUUCUUCUGCGAAGAUGAAAAUCAGCUCUGCUGCAGUACCUGUGCUAUUGUUGACCAUCGUAAAUGUCACAGCGUUGUGGAAAUUCAGAAGGUCGCUGGAAGGUCAGCCUAUAGAAGUUCCACUUUAAAAGUUAAAUUGGAGGAAGUGAGAGAGAAGGCUAACAUUAUCAUAGACAGCAUUGUCUCAUCAAAAGAGAAACUAUAUGAAGAUGCUAAAGAAAUACCAAUUAAAAUCAGACGAAUGCGGGAUGAAGUAAUGAAAAUGUUUGACGAGUUGGAAAUUUCCGUUGUUAAAGACGUUGAAUCGUUUAAGAAAGAGACAUUAGAAAAACUGGCAAUAAAGCAGUCACAGAACGAGAAAUAUCUAGCUGAUAUAACAACGUGUCUGGAGACGAUUGACAAGGUGUAUCAAAAUGGAACUGUGGUACAACGAUUCAUAGCAGAGCAGAAGAUGAAGAAUGACGUCAAUAUUCUUCACAAAAAUGUCAAUGCAGAAUGUCAUGAUUUAGAGACCGUGACUGCUACCUUUGAUUUUGAUGAAACAUUAAAACUUCCUCCUCUGCCAGUCACUGAUUAUGUUCCAGGACAACUGACUCUGUUAUUCUGUCUAUCAGAGGUAGCCAAUACUAAAGUUCCUGUAAACACAGAAGUGAUACUAACACCAGUAAAGUCCAUUGAUUUAAAGCAGGGAAAGGGUGAUAAAGACGAGCCAUUGUAUACAGGGAUUGAUUUUUUACCUGAUGGUAGACUUGUUGCCGUUGAUAAUGAAAAUAAGAAAUGUUUAGUUUACAAUGAGAAGCUUGAGAAAGUGGGAUCAUAUCAGUUAUCUUACCGGCCACUAUCUGUUGUUGCUGUUUCUGAGGAUAAAGUAGCGAUAACAAGUGGUGGAAAGUUGUUAGACAUUCUACAUGUAACCAAAUCUAAUGACAUAACUUUAGAUAGAAGAAUCAAAGUGACAACAAAUUAUUACUCAAUAUGUCAAAAAGAUGAUAAAUAUUUCGUCGGCGGGACAAUUGAUCAUUCACCACCUGUUCGUAUGAUAUCAUCUACAGGAGAAGAGAAAGAUUUCAAUAUUAACUUUCCAAAUAAGUCAUAUCCUAUAGAAACAAGCGCUUGUACUUACAUAAGGAAUAGUGACAAAGUGGUGCUUACAGACAGAUACGAGCACACUGUCUUCAUAUAUGACGUCAAGACAAACACGAGAAUCGUAGUGAAGGAUGAUCAGAUAAAGGAACCAUGUGGUGUAGCGAUCGGUCAAUCUGGCUCUAUCCUGGUUUGUAGUGAAGAAACAAACUCCAUUGUACAGAUAUCACAAACUGGUCAGAUCUUGUCAUCACACAAGCUAGAUAUGAAAUAUCCAAGAGCAAUUUGUGUCUCUCGUGAUAAAUCCUUUCUUGCAAUAACAAACUUAUGUGAAGGUAACAUAAAACUACAAAAGUUUAAGAUAUCAUAUUGA